CCCCCCCCCCACACCUAACUCUAGCUCCCCGAUUCCACACUGCUCGAGUUGAAUUAUCCCCAAAUUCUCGUGGGGAGCCCUGAUUCCCCUCGCUCCUAUCUUCUCUUGCGCGGAUUCGGUGCUGCGACUAGAGAUGGAUCCUAUGGACAUCGUGGGCAAGUCCAAAGAUGACGUCUCCCUCCCCAAAUCAACAAUGUUUAAGAUCAUCAAGGAGAUGCUUCCUGCUGAUGUUCGAGUGGCUAGAGAUGCACAGGAUCUUCUUGUUGAAUGCUGUGUAGAGUUCAUCAAUCUCCUGUCUUCUGAAUCCAAUGAAGUGUGCAGCCGAGAAGAGAAGAAAACUAUUGCUCCUGAGCAUGUUCUCAAGGCUCUAAGUUUCUUCCUAUCCCAGGAUCUUGGCUUCAGAGAGUACAUUGAUGAGGUUUAUGCUGCAUAUGAACAGCAUAAACUUGAUACUCUGGACUCUCCAAAAGCUGGCAAGUUCACUGGCAUAGAGAUGACAGAGGAGGAAGCUGUUGCUGAGCAACAAAGGAUGUUUGCUGAGGCCCGAGCAAGGAUGAAUAAUGGAGCCCCCAAGCCAAAGGAGCCUGAACAAGAGCCGCAGCAGCAACCACAACAGCCCCUGCAACCUCAGCUGCAGCCACAUACUCAACCACAGCAACCCCCGCAACCUCAGCUGCAGCCGCAAACUCAACCACAGCAACCCAUGCAACCUCAAUUGCAGCUGCAUCCACAACCGCAACAAAUCCUCCCACCUCAGCUGCAGCUGCAUCCUUUACAAGGGAAGCCCACUCAGCCUCAAACACAGCUGCAUCUGCAACCACAGCAGCCCCCGCAGCCCCCACAACUCCAGAUGCAACCUCGGAAACCCCCACAACUGCAGAUGCAACCUCGGAAACCCCCACAAAUCCAGAUGCAACCUCAGAAGCCCCCGCAAAUCCAGAUGCAACCUCAGCAGCCCCCGCAAGUCCAGCUGCAACGUCAACUACAAGCACAGCCGCAGCCACUGGCGCAAACAGGACAUGGCGCGGACAGUUAGAGAUUCAGUGUUGUGUAGCCUCAGUAUAGGUGAAAAUUGGGUACUUCUGCUGACAUUUACUAGGAACCUAUAUACCUGCUGCGACUUGUUAGAUUCCGCUUUAGGCUUCCGCGCUUCAUGACAAUGUAAAUCCAGUGUGAUUGCAGUUACUGAUGAUGUGCUUACUGUGGGCCGAAUACCGAAUUCCUGACUAUGCCUGUAGUCUCAUAGCACAGUAUGUGCCGUGUCAAAAGAUGUUCCGUUGUCAUUGUAAUAGUCUAACUCGACAUUUGUCCAUGGUGAUGGUGACUGACUGGAAUGAGCUAUUGUUUUCUAGGUGUGCGUAUCAAUACUUGAUUGACCUGGUGUGAGAACUGCGCACUCUAUCUCUGUUUUAUGUAAGGAGGUGUUGUGACAGCCAGCUU